CUAUAGCAGCGGGACCUCUUUGCUUCAACCUCAACCCUUUCACGACAUCUAAAACCCUCACUCGCCAGGAGAGCCAAGUGUCCGCUAUGGAAAUCGACGCUCCGAAACCGACUAAUUCCGAUCAGAUAGUUCCCAAAUUCUCCAUCAACGUGCUGCAGCUUUUGAAAUCGGCGCAAAUGCAGCAUGGCUUGCGCCAUGGAGAUUACACUCGCUAUAGGUUUCUUCAUCUAAUUCUGUAUACAGCAGAGAGAGCUUGGAGUCAUGCUAUGGAGAAAAGGCAGCUUCCAAAUGGUCCAAAUGCACGUCAACGUAUAUAUUUGAUUGGCAGGUUGCGGAAAGCAGUAAAAUGGGCUACAUUGUUUUCACAAUUGUGUGCGGUCAAGGCCGAUUCUAGAACAUCUUUGGAAGCUGAGGCUUAUGAAUCCUACAUGAAAGGGAGUUUGUUGUUUGAGCAAGAUCAAAAUUGGGAUGUGGCUUUAAAGAACUUCAAAAGUGCUAGGGCUGUAUAUGAGGAAUUAGGGAAAUAUGGAGAUUUGGAUAACCAAGUUUUGUGUCGUGAGCGAGUUGAGGAGCUCGAACCUAGUAUCCGAUACUGCCUUCACAAAAUUGGCCAGUCAAAUCUACAGGCCUCUGAACUUUUACAAAUUGGUGAUGUGGAAGGUCCUGCAUUAGACCUUUUUAAAGCUAAACUAGAGGCUGUCAUGGCUGAGGCAAGAUCUCAACAAGCUGCUUCCAUGACAGAAUUCCUUUGGCUUGGCCACAGAUUUCCUAUAUCAAAUGCUAAAACAAGGGUUGCCAUCCUGAAAGCUCAGGAGCUGGAGAAAGAUAUACAUGGUCCACUGGCAGACUCAAUUCAAGCAGAUAAAAGACUAGUUAUUUUUGACAAAAUCUUUUCUGCAUAUCAUGAAGCCCGAGGUUUUAUUCGGACUGAUUUGGCCACUACAGGAAGUGCAGAAAGUGUGAAAGAUGAUUUGAAUGGUCUUGAUAAGGCUGUCAGUGCUGUCCUAGGAGAAAGAACCAUUGAACGUAACCUCUUGUUGGUUAAGGUUGCAAAAAGCAAACUUGGAAAGCGGCAUGAUGAUAAAAAUGAAAAAGUUACCAAACCUGAAGAACUUGUUCGCUUAUAUGAUCUCUUGCUUCAGAAUACAUCUGAUCUAUCUGAUUUAGUCAGUUCUGGAAGGGAUAAGAAACCAGAAGAAGUUAGCUUUGCUGAAGGGUGUUCAUGCAAAAGUCUGGCUUUUCGAGCUCAAAGGUGCUUUUAUGUUGCAAAGUCAUACAGUGUGGCUGGGAUGAGGGCUGAAGCAUAUGCAUUGUACUGUCGCGCUCGCAAUUUGGCAGAUGAUGCCUUAAAAAAGUUUCAAAUGUUAGAUAGUGAUAAUAAGACUAUGAUUAAAGAGUUGGAGGACUUGUGCCACGAGUGCCGAUCUAACAGUUGUAUUGAGCAUGCGUUGGGGAUCAUGGAGGAAAAGAAGACUCAAGAGAAUUUAUCUGAAAAGGUCUCCAAUAUAUCAUUGACCGGAACUGAGCGGUUGGAGAAAGUCCUUCUUGAGAAACUCGAAGUUUACGAGUCUGCUGUGGGUGAUUCAAAUGUGAAGUGUACACCACGCAUUACAGGCUUCCCCCCAUCGUUCCAGGCAAUAUCCCGUAAUCCUAUUGUGCUGGAUCUGGCUUAUAACGUCAUUGAAUUCCCACAUAUUGAAAAUAGGAUGAAGAAGGAUAGAAAAGCCAAGAGCGGGUUUAUGAGUAGAAUAUUUGGAUGA